AUGUCUCUCGUACAGCCAGUCUGCCAUCUCCCUGGAUGCCUGCUUCCAGUCCCCGCUCCGGCCGUUUCUUGCUCGUCCUGCCUCGACGUCCCCCAAUCCGACAUCGACUCGCUCGGUCCCAACGUCCAAUACUGCUCUGUACCGCAUUUAGAGCUUGAUGUACAGUGGCACUAUGCUGAGUGUGAGGCACGUCAGAAGAGGAGGGCCCUCUUUCGUAUUGGAAGCUUAGUGAACAAGGUAUUCGCAGCAUCACGCCAGGCGAUGUUGGGGAACAUUGUCUUGGAAGUCAGCAAGACAAAAAUCAAUGACAAAGAUGGUUUCCUUGUGCGCUCGGCUUGCUGCUCGCGGCCUAGAGCCGAGGAACCGUUCUUUGCGCAGGAUGUUCCAGAGCACAUUCGGCAGCGGUGGUACUCUUUUGAAAAUUGCGUAUAUUCCGUCGAAGAAGCGACUCCAAUUCUUGCUUGGCUGCUGGAAGAUCUCCGAGUCAUUAUCCACGAACUCUACGUCUCGCCCCUAGCGAUCGAUCCGAUGGAAAAUAUUCAAUUCGUUUCUGAGGACGGCCGGACGAAGAAAUUUUUCCAUACCCAAGCCCCCUAUCACACAAUCCUGAAGAUAUCCACAGAGCCUCCGAGCAGCAGCAUCGCGGGUUGGACAUCAGCGCCUGGAAUCGUAAUUGAUUCCACCUUCAUGCAGUUCGGGUAUGCCGAGGGCUGCGAUGACUGGUUCGCAUAUCAAAACAAGAAGAUCAAUCCGAACGGACCUCGCACGCAUAUUUUUCCAUUUGGCUCUUGCUUUCGGAGCAGCAUGAACCGGAUAAACGAAGCCCCUUUACCAGGAUACUUUCUGGAUACAUCCCGUCGCAUAAUCAACAAUGUCCUUUACGAAAAGAUCAGCGCUGCCGGGGGGCGUAAUGCCCUGCUCAAAAUGUUUUCUCAUGAAGCAUUCCGGAGAGAAGAGCGGAAGAUUAUUUUUCAUUUACAAAAGGCAUUGGAUAAUCGGCGCAAGGAAAUAGACCAGCUUUGGUUUGCGGAUCCGGACGAGGAGAUGGCGCUUCGCUUGCAGAAACUUUGGAGCUUCCUUCCGCCCUGCAAUGGGAUAGGAAACGAAGUUUGCAUGAGAGCGUUGGUAAGGAGGAUCGGGGUAUUUAGCUGA